CAGAUCAGUGACAACAACCCAUUGGAUUAUACCUACAUCAAGAACAUCACACACGCACACCAACUCACAGGGGAUGGGCUCAUUCCUUGUACCUCUUGCUCACCUACCACAUUGAGCAAACCCAAACUAGACCUCAAGGGUGCCACAGCUGUGUUCAUCAAAUCUCUACACCACACUCUCCCCCCCAUAUGUGCCACAACUGAAUAUCACUGCAUACUGCACAGCUCUCUGCAGCUACUCAGUCCCUAUGUCACACCCCCACCCAAUGCUGAAUCCAUCCUAUCCAUGUUCAACACCUCAUUUGACCCACAUGA